UGGCUGUGCCGGGUGUUGGUGCUCUGCGCCUGCUUGGUGGCUGCUGAGGAGCCGAAGAAGAGCCCCGGCAAGCCGGCGAAGAAGAAGAAAGACAUUCGGGACUACAACGACGCCGACAUGGCGCGGCUGCUGGAGCAGUGGGAGAAGGACGAUGAUAUAGAAGAAGGAGAUCUUCCUGAGCACCUGCGUCCAUCUGCACCGAUAGACUUCUCCAAGAUUGACCCAGGCAAGCCUGAGAGCAUCUUGAAAAUGACCAAAAAGGGGAAAACUCUCAUGAUGUUUGUCACCGUGUCAGGAGAGCCAACUGAGAAGGAGACGGAGCAGAUUACAAAUCUGUGGCAAGGAAGCCUUUUCAAUGCCAAUUAUGAUGUACAGAGGUUCAUUGUUGGUUCAAACCGUGCCAUCUUUAUGUUGCGUGAUGGAAGCUAUGCCUGGGAGAUCAAAGACUUUCUGGUAAAUCAAGAGAGAUGUGGAGACGUCACUUUGGAAGGUCAAGUGUACCCUGGUAAAGGAGCCAUGCAAAAAGAAAAAAAUAAACUGAAGCCUGAAAAAUCCUCCAAGAAAAGAGACACAGAUGUGAAACCUGGAACUGUUACAGACAGCAACCGUGCAAGCAGAGGAAAAGAGGAUCUCUGAUAAAUGAAGUAGACUGAAAAAGGGCAGAAAGAGGUUCAGAAUAUUUCAGAAAGAGAAAAUGGGGUUGGUUUUGCAAGUUCCGAAGUUAUGUUGGUUAAGAAAGCAGUUUACUUAUUAAUGAGAGUCAUUCAUUUAGAAACAACAAAGUCAACGGUUAAUCACUCUGGGUUGCUUACAUUCAACUGUUAAGCCUCAACUCCUUGCCAAUUUAGUAUUAUGGACUUUGUCCAGGGGAUGAGAAGAGUGGUCCAGCAAGUCUCCAUUUGGAGUGCUGACUCUUCCAAAACAGGUAGUGUUCCAGAUGACUCAAAAGAAUUGGUAGAAGGAGAAGCAACCCUUAAGAGUGCUUCUCAUUUUCCAAUAUUUUGAUUAAUCCGCAUUAAUGAUACACUUUCAGAGUCAUUGUGUCAUAAAAUCAGUAGCUUGAGAUUGUCACUGAUUAUACCAGAACAGAUUCGCAGAGACACGUUUUUAUCUAAGUUGAUUUUUUCUUUAAAAUACUGGUAAUCCAGUGAUCCCCAUUGAAGUGGAAAUAAAGCUUCCUGUUAAUUAGCUAAUCAGGCUAGGGAAUUGCCACACUAAACAAUUGGUUCGUAUACUUCUGUCAUUCACUGAAGUAGCAUAAAAUGGGAUGAAAGAAUAGCCACAGAUGCAGUUCAAUUAAUUGCAAAAACAAGAUGUGUGAGAAUAUAACCAAAUGGUUUUUUUGUGGUAGACACAUCCAUGUGAGCGGAUAUGUUACAGGCUGUGUUGAUUUCUUCCAAAAUGUUAAUUGAAAAAAGCAAAGUUCAGUUCAGGUUUGUGGCCAUUGUAUUGGAUUUCGUUUGCUGUUACGGUCUUGGACUCGGUUGAAUGGACUGUUGAGUGUUCGUGGUACCAUGGAAAACGUGCGGUACUUUUUUUUUUUUAAGGAUUUUUUAAAAAGAUAACUGAGGGAAAGUUGCUGUCAGUGUGAAUGCUUCCUCCAAAACUUCAAUAAAUUUCUAUACUUUUUUCAGAACAGGUUGCUAUUCGGAAUUCCAUGUGUGUUAUCCGUCCAUCCCUCUUACUGUGGUAACUGAUGUCAGCCCAGACUGCCCACAUGGUGGCGCUGUUUAUGCGCCAACUAAUAACAAAGGGAAUGUGCUUGUUUUGAAGACCUGGCUAAUGUAAUGUGCAAAUCUCUUCCAGAAUCUAGGCCUGUUUUAACAAAUUGACACUUUACAAAUGAAGGUGGUUCUAUAAAAGCUUUCCUGCUUUGAAUUUUGGAUAGAGAUUAGGGUGGUUAAGUGAAUGGAUAAUUUACUGUUUAUUCGUAAUGUUAAAUUUAUCUGCUUCCUCCCUCUGUUUUCCCUCUUGAUUUUAUUUUGAAAGUUUUUUUCUUGCAUUCAGCUUCAGCGUAACCUGCAAGAAUAAGGACAAGUAGGUGCACUUUUGCUCUGAGCAGGUGAAAAGAUUUUUCCUGUGGAUGAAAUGAUGCUUCUUAAGGAUUUCAUCUGUGCCACAUACCUGUCCUAAAGAUGCAGUGCAGACAGGUCUUCAGCAUCAUCAGUGCUUCCUGCAUGUCAGCAGAGAGCAAACACAGCUUGGCUUUGUAUUUUUUUUAAGAUCCCAAACAACUAGCUAUAGGCUUGGUUAGAAACACGUCUGAUGGCUCAUUUACAUGACUGAUAGAGGAUUUAUUGUUGGCUAUUCUGGAGCUGCAGUUGUGAACUGUUUGUGAAACGGAUUCCAAAUCCUCAUUUUGAUAAAAGACUUCUGUCAACCAGUGUAACCAAGAGGGAAAAAUGGGGUGAUGGCAGAACCAGCUGCAAGAUAGCAGAAGAAGCAGCCUCAACACAGUAACGAAUAUACAAAGCUUUCAAGUGGCAAACUGCCCACAGUCCUUUGAAAUAGAUGUGCAAAUGUUUAAUUAAAAUUCUUCUGCCAUGGGCCCUCCUGCAAUUCUUUAACCUACACUGGGGGCAUGAGAGAUGCAGAGAGACACCAACCUAUUUGAAGGGGACAAGAAUGGAAGUUCAGGCAG